AUGGCGUCGUCGACACGGACGCCCCUGCUGGCGCUUCUCUCCGCCCUUUCCCUUUUGCUCCUCUCCCUCAUCCUCGCCGCCUCUUCCGCCAGUGCACACAUGAUCGAGCUGCCACCACAUGGAAAGGAGUGUUUCUUCGAAGAUCUGCACGAUGGCGAUCAGAUGACGUUGACGUAUCAAGUCGGUGGUGGGGGUCAUUUGGAUAUCGACGUGGUCCUCACCGACCCUAAAUCCCGGGCACUGUUUCAACAGGAUCGCAAAGACACGGGUACCUACUCCUUCACCGCCCACGACGACGGUCGUUACACUUACUGCUUCAGCAACGAGUUCUCCACCGUCAGCGACAAAACCGUCAGCUUCAACGUUCAUGGCAUCAUCUACGUCCCCGACGAAGGCGAUAUGCUACCCAUCGAAAGAGAGAUUCGCGAUCUAGCCGCGGGGUUGCAAGCCGUCAAAGACGAACAGGAGUAUUUGGUCAUUCGAGAACGCGUUCAUAGAAACACCGCCGAAAGCACAAAUACCCGCGUCAAGUGGUGGUCCAUCAUCCAAGGUUUUAUACUGGUCGCAGUGUGCACCUGCCAGGUCUACUUUGUUAAGCGCCACUUCGAGGUGCGACGUGUCGUCUAA